AUGAGCGUUGAAGUGUCUGAUAGAUCUACCGUUCAUGGUCAUAAUGACAAUGUGUUAGGUAAGAAAAGAAGAGGUGAAGAACCAAAAGAGGUGGACCCAAAACAAGAAGAGGAGGAGAAGGAGGAGAAGGAGGAGGAGGAGGAAGGUGAAUUCAACGCUAUGUCCCGUGAUUUGGAUCAAAUUGGUAAAAUCAAUUUAACAUACUUUUUUGACAAGGUUAAUCUUAAUUUACCUGAUCUCAAAAACUUAUCUAGUGAGUUCAAUAAGCAGUUGGACAAGUAUAAGACAUAUUAUAGAAACUAUAAUAAAGAGGAUUUGGCUCUUAACGCCCCGCCGAUAUUGGUUUCGUUAAAGGAAAUUGUUCAUGCGCGGUUACAAAUUAAACAAUUUUCAAAUGACUUGACGUCUGUCUUGGAUAGACUACAGCCUAUAACAGAGGUGAUACAUCGUGCCGUUAUACUACCGGCGGAAGAUGUUAGUGAAUUCGAAGACGAUGACGAAGAAGAAGAAGAAGAGGUGGUGGAGGGGGAUGGCGAAGGAUACGCAAAGGAUGAUUUGCAGGAGGAAAUGGAUCCGGAGAUAAGGAAAGUUGCCGACGCUAUUGGACUUGGUGAGGUGAUUAGUAACGGUCAGGCAUAUAUUGCAAAGUUUAUCAAGCAAGUCACAAGAAGAACCAAUAUCGACGACUCUAGCAACUUUGCCAGCAGCCAACACCAGGAUGUGUCAACUAACAAUUUAGAUCAAAUUGAAGGAUUAUCAGAAAAAGUCAUCAAGGAGCUAACCGAGCUUAACUCGAUGGAAGAGUUUAAGAAAGAGGAAAUAUUGAGGAGUAAGAUUUUGGCCAUACAGGAAUUGGACAUUGAGCAAAUACAUAAAAACAAAUUGAUGACCAAAUUGAUGAUGGGUAAUUAUUUUAAGUACAUUAACCAACAGUUGAAAGAUGAAGAGGAGAAAUUGUCUAGUUUGUUAGAUGAGAAACAGAUUCUUUCCAGUGUUGGGCAAACUGUGUCAGUUGAUAACAACAUCAACAAAGAUGUAAUUAAACCUCUAUCUCAUAAAGGCAGCGAAGAAGAAGAGAAAGGAGAAGAAAAAGAAGAAAAAGAAAAAUAUGAUGAUGAUGAUGAUGAUGAUGAUGAUGAUGAAGUGAUAAUCACAGAGGAAGAUCAACGUACUACUUAUUUUGAUAAAGAAAACAAUAUUCUUGGAUGUCCACACUACCAGCGUAACUGCAAAUUGGAGUGCACAACUUGUCGUCAAUGGUUUACAUGUCCAUUUUGUCAUGAUGCCAAGGUUACUAGUCACAAAAUGAUUAGGAACCAAGUGAAACAUAUCUUGUUGAAGCAUAGUUACAAAUGUCCCAUAUGCAAGAAAUCGAUUGCUAAUGUUGAGAAUCAGUUUCGGCUCCUUGACCAAGAGAUUUCGCAGAGUCCAAUGCCUGAUCCGUAUAAUACAUGGAGCUGUACAAUCACGUGUAACGAUUGUAAGGGAAAAUCAAAUUGUCCAUACCAUGUACUAGGGCUUAAAUGUAAAUACUGUAAGAGCUAUAAUACUAAUCAAUUGAAGAUUAAAAAGCCAAACGAACCUGAAGAGGAACCAGAAAAUGAUGAGAAGCAUGAUUUCGAUGCUAAUAUCAUGAGACUAGUUCAAACUAAUUUACAAAAUAAUUUUGACAUCGACUUGAGAUAUGCAUAA